GCAAUGAUUAUGGUCCGCGAGUGCAUGUCUGCAUCUGAAAUUCCAGCCGACCCAGUCUACUCCACCACGGCAGAGCACAUCCGACGAAAUGACGACCAACGCAGAGAUUAUGCCGUUCCACACCGCCGUCUCGGUCGCUCCGGGCGUGAGCGCACCCAGCUAUGGCGGUAAAUUCGCCCACAGCAUCUCUUGGGCCAUCGACGACCAAUUGGUGCAACAGACUGAGCUUCCAGAUCCCUUUUUGCGGACUGGUCGACAUCAUCGGUUCGCGCCCUACGCUCUACACCGACCCCAUAUGUUAUCGGUAAUGUAUAUGCUGCCCCCGCCUAUGCCGUCGCGUCCGCAAACACCUGUCUCGUUGCCCCCGCCGGAGGGGACGCAUAUCGGUCACCUGUACCCAGAGCUGUUAGAAAUGAUUUUCGAACGGUUGUCUGUGCGGGACCGCGGUCGCGCCGCUCAAGUGUGCACCCGGUGGCGCGAUGCAUCUUACUCGAAAAGCGUUUGGAAAGGUGUCGAGGCCAAGCUGCACUUGAAGCGACCCAACCCGCACUUGUUCGCGUCGCUAGUCCGGCGCGGAAUCAAGAAAGUUCAGAUUUUGUCGCUGCGUCGGUCCCUGAAGGAAGUCGUGAUGUCGGUGCCCAACUUGACUUCGCUCAACCUCAGUGGAUGCUACAACGUCUCGGAUGUGAAUCUAGGCCACGCCUUCUCCACAGAUUUGCCGAAUAUCAAAAGCCUGGACCUGUCGCUCUGCAAGCAAAUCACAGACUCUAGUCUCGGUCGGAUCGCGCAGCAUCUGAAGAACCUCGAGGUGCUGGAAUUGGGUGGCUGCUGCAACCUGACCAACACGGGGCUUCUACUGGUGGCAUGGGGUCUCAAGAAGCUAAAGCGGCUGAACUUGCGCUCCUGCUGGCAUAUAGGCGACCAAGGGAUCGGCCAUUUAGCCGGUUUAAGCAAAGAAACUGCCGAAGGCAACCUCGAACUGGAAUACCUCGGUCUGCAGGAUUGUCAACGGCUCACAGACGAAGCUCUCCGUCAUGCGGCUCAAGGAUUGACUUCACUCAAAGGCGUCAACCUCAGCUUUUGUGUCUCUAUCACGGACGGAGGCCUGAAGCAUCUGGCCCGGAUGCCCAACCUUCGCGAGCUCAACCUUCGUUCCUGCGAUAAUAUCUCAGACAUCGGAAUGGCCUACCUUACGGAGGGCACCAGCAGUCUCACCAGCCUGGACGUCAGCUUCUGCGACAAAAUUGGAGACCAGGCGCUUAAUCACAUUUCCCAAGGAUUGUUCCACCUGCGCUCGCUGAGCCUCAAUCAGUGCCAUAUAACCGAUGAAGGAUUGAGUAGAGUGGCCAAGUCCCUGCAUGAUCUCGAGGUCCUGAACAUCGGCCAGUGCAGCCGGAUAACCGACGCAGGAUUGCAGAUGCUCGCCGACGAACUGGUCAACUUGAAAGCCAUCGACCUGUACGGAUGCACGCAACUUUCCGCGGAGGGAAUAGAUAGAAUUAUGAAAUUGCCAAAGUUGACGCAAGUUAAUUUGGGACUGUGGCUCGUGAGGUGAUCUGCGACGGCCGCUGAAACCGUCGCUCAAGUCCGCUCGGACUAAGUUCCUGUACAGGGGCAAUUCCUUCCACGCCGCCGCAGCAGCACCUUCCCACGAUGUCCCAACGUCUUAGAAGCAAGUCUCCCGGAUUCAAGCAAAAUUUCGAUGUACCUACGCCGGGAGACAUCACCAAUACGUAAACUACGAUAAAAAGGAUUGAAGCAAAAAAGAAAAAACCGCGCACGGUCCGGGAGUCCUUCCUGGGCCGGGCACACACUAAGAAGGACUGAUUCAUUUAAUUCGUUACAAGUUAGAAAAUUUUUAGUUACUUUUGUUAAUAACUUUUUUAAGGCGAUUGUGAUAAAAAUACAAAUAAUGUUAAUACAAAUAUGAAAAAAUACGUUAGCUAAGUGAAAAGAGAGAACAGAGGAGGAGAAUAAAAGUAAAAAUGUUCCAAAAA